GUGCAUUCCCCUCAUCUUCUCCAUCCCCUACUUUAAAUCCAACCAACCAUUCUUCUCAUUAAGAAAGAAAAGCUAAAGAGCAAGAAAAUGAAGCUCCCAUUUCCCUUCUUAACCAAAAGGGCAAGGCCUCCAUAUUGCCCCUUGCAUAGAUGUGUCAAUGGGUGUCCCAAAACCCUUUCGUUCCGGGCCGAAAACGAAACGAUCUCCGAGUUAGUAACUUUCACAGAAAAUGACCCAACUUGGUCAUAUCACCAUGUUGAUGAACACCCAUCACCACUAUCAUCAUCGUCGUCGUCGUCGUCUAGUUCAGAGCAAUACGAAGAUGAUCACGUUGAGGAUGUGGUUCGCGGGCUGAGGUCUGAGAGGCUAGUCUUCGAACCGGGAGAGGCAAAGUCCUCCAAACUCUUGGAAGAAAGGGUGGAAAUGGAGACGAUGGUUUCAAGUAACCCUUUUGAGGAUUUCAGAAGAUCAAUGGAGGAGAUGGUGGAAGGGCAUGAGGGGCUUCAUCAAGAUUGGGAGUUUCUUGAAGAGCUCUUGGCUUGCUACUUGAGAAUCAAUGGGAGGGACAACCAUGGGUACAUAGUUGGAGCUUUUGUUGACUUGUUGGUUCACCUCAACAAUGCGAUCUACAAAUUGUUUCAUGACAACAAGCACGCCCGGGCGAUGCAAUUGGAGCACCGGUUUCGCACCACCGUCAAAGGAACCAAGAUAAUAAAUGAGUAUUGUCACACUCUCAAGAACCUAGCCGACUAUCUCGACGACGUUGAUGCUCCGGUGACCGAACACGCCCUCGUCCUGCAAGUGCUUCAAGGAUUGCCACAUGACAUCCGGGGCCAAGUUCACUUCUUGCAGUUUCAGAACCUGUUUCCGUCGUUCCUGGAAGUCCGAUCGGCUCUCCUCUUGGUCGAACAUCAGCAGGCCGACGCCCUCCCCAACGCCGGACAGUCCACCGCCCUUCUCAGCUUCAGCGCCGGCGGCGGCAGCAACACGGCGGGCGGGGGUCAGUUGCGGCAAGGCAGCAGGGGCAGAACUCCGGGCGUGGCAGUUUCAGCGGAUCAAAUCGGGGCAAUUCUGGUGGCUACCGCGGGCGUGGCCGUGGACGUGGACGAGGCAGCUCGAAUCAGCGACAACCUGGCCCAAAUACCUGACAGUUCCCCACUCCCUCACCCGGCCUUCUAGGCCCACGUGGCCCAUUACCCGAACCAAGCCCAAUACACUACCCCGCCACAUACCCAGUACCAAACACCCAACCCGUACUACCCAACCCAGUACCCAAACCCGAACCCCCUACCCC